GCAUCGCGUCUUUUUUUUGCCAGUUGACAAAAUUUUGUUGAUUUUGAUUAUUUACGUCGAUUUCUCAGAGCAAUUUUAGUCGAAAAAUAGUUGUAAUUAGCGCAUUUUACGUUAAUUUUAAGUUUAAUUACAACGUUCCAGCGAUCAACCGUCAAUAGUGUUUCAGUGUCCAUCUUGAACCAAGCUUCGAAAUGAAUUUUCGCGACCGUUCGCCCGGUACUAGAAUGGGAGGACCCCGAUUCAGACCAGAUUUUCGACCCGGUUUCGGACGCGGAAUGAACAGGAAUAUGAACGAUAGACCCAGACCACCAGUAUGGAAAGACGACAGAUACGAUAAUAAUAACGCCGGUGGAUAUCGUGGACCUCCUCCGAACAUGGAUAAUCGAGAUUUACCAAAAGAUCAACCUCAGAGAGAUUUUGGACCUGGUCACGGACCCAAUAGAUUACCUCCCGAACGAGAUUUGAGACCACCUUUGGGAGGUAAUAAUUCUAGACCGGCUCCGGAGCCGAAUAAAUGGAACGAACCGGUGAAACCUGCGGCUCCCCUCGGACCUCCUGUACAACCCACUGGAACGGUUUCAAAUGCUGCGCGUACCAAUGACGUCGAGAUAAUCGUUACACAUAAAAGUUUAACAGUGUACGCUGAAUUCAUCGAACGUCGUUUAAAGACACUCGGCUUGAGUGUCGAUUUAUUAUUUCCAAAUGAGGAAGUUCCAUUGGGUCGUGUUUUGGCCAAUAUCGCUAGUCGAGGUACACUGUACGCUUUGAUCGUCACGCAACUCAAUGAGCAACGACGUAGCAUUACUGUUAACGUAUUAUAUGGUCAAACUCAAGAACACCGGAAUAUGCCUCUCGAGGAGGCGAUAGCUCUUAUUGUAAAGUUAUUCGAUUGUUAUAUGAAAGGAGAGAAGUGCCCUGUUCUGCCUCCCGUUGGAGCUACAUCGAUUACCGCUGGCGGAGUUCCUCUGGGUGACAGGCAUCCUGAAGUAAUACAGAAUCUAUUGGGUAUUUUGAUAGAGAAUCGUUCUUUAUCUGCUAUGCAAUACGAGAAGCUCAUCGGUUACUUGCAAGAGAAAAAGGAUCAAGUUAGAGCAGAACCUACAGUACCUCAAAACAAGACGGCCGAACUACAAAAUCGAAUACUUAGCUUACUAGGCGGCGACAAAUCACUCCCACCGACUCAGCAAUCGAAUCCAACAGUGAUGAAGGAUUCACCGGCGAUGAAAGCCAUCCAAAGUAUAAUGCAAAGGGAAAUGGGGCAUUCGCACGUCGGUAAUUACGGAGCACCUAGAGGGCCCAGGAUAUAAUCAUUUCCAGCUUCAUUGAACUAUGUGUAUUGAAAUUUGACCAACGAUUUCACCGCUCUACCGAAUACCUCAGGCGAAGAGCUGACGAAUUGUUAUAAUUUUUUUUGUUAUCGUUUGAACGAACAUUUGACUCCCUUAUCGCGCGAUGUCGCGAUUUUGCAAAAAUUGUGUAUUUUUUUCCUCAUUUUUAUUUCUCUCUUUCCAUCUUAUUAGGUAUAUAUAAUGAUUAUUAUCGAUUCAUUCAAUUCCUCGAUUAAAUUAUCAUUUUCUAAAUAUCGUCGUAUUUUUUACUUACCUAUUCGCGAAUUCGAAUUCUAUUCUUCGCAGAUCUCAUCAUCUCAGCACGUCUGAAGAUCUUCCUACUAUCAAUACAGAGUUAUCGUCUUCGAUUUUCCCUUUCGCGAGCUUCGUCUUACAACAUUUUCGAAUACCUGACUGUAAAAUUACAACACAAAACAAACGAAUGAUAUUAAUAAGCAUUUAAUCAGCCAAUAAAUCCAUCUUAUAAAUAUAAAUACUAAUUACAAAAUCCCAUUUUCAGUUAUUUAUCUUAAAAUUACAUACGAAAGGAGAAAAAAAUAUACAACAUACGACGAAAAAAGAAAAAAAUUACAAUACAAUACAUCGAUGAUGCAAAAUGGAGAAAAAAAAUAUAAAACAAACUUUACUUAAACGCCUAACUAUGUACAAUGUUUUUUUUUUUAUUUAUUUAAAAAAAUAAUGUAAUAAAAUUUAUUAUAUUUUUGCGUAGGUAAUUCACGAUUAAAUUUAAAAUAUACUUCACAAUUGUUCUUCACAUCAGCGUAGGUAAAGGUAUUGAUAGGUAGGUAUCAUAAUAUAAAUUACGUAGGUAGGUAAAGGUACACGAAUCAAUCAUUUA